AUGGCCCCGAGAGAAGAAGAAGGGGUCGGAAUAUACUAUACAGCAUUAACAAUGGCCUUUUUUGAGGACCUGGGUUACUAUAAGGCAAACUGGGGAAUGGAGGAGCCUAUGAGCUGGGGCCACAAGAAAGGGUGCUCCUUCAUUAAUGAAGCAUGCAUAAAGAAUGGUAUUUCGCGAUAUCCUGAAACGUUUUGCAACACAUCUACCACUCGCUGCACAUCGAACCGUUAUGCUCUGGGAGAAUGUGAGUCAUUGGAGGACUUAGAUGCUGAUAAUGAAAUCGAUUUUUGUCCUAUAAUCGUUGGAAGUACUGUAAUUCAAGAAGGGGGUGACAGUCAACCCACCAGUUUCUGUACAUUUGGUGAUGAGAGCUUACUAACUGGAUCGCUAAUAGGCCCUGAUUCGUGGUGCCUGGAUGGUGAGGGACUGCAGGUGCAAAAUACUAGGAAGAGUGUUGAGAGCCUGUCCGGUGUGUGUGCGCAGGUGUCGUGUGAUGAAGGCAGACGUACAGUCGAGGUACAGUACAAGGGUAGCAACACAUUUAAGGAAUGUCCCGAAGGUACCUCAAUCGAUGUCGAAUCCUCUGCGUUCCAAAGCGGUGGUAAGAUCAAGUGCCCCAAGUACGAUGAGGUGUGCACCAUCACACCGGAUGGCAGAAGCAGAUUGUCCAUGAAU